GCCGCCAAUCAAACACUCUGCGUUCGUUGUUGGAGAAGACACGUGGAAACUUCUACUGGCCGAUUUAGCAUCACGUUUGCCCGGAGUCGCAGUCGAUCAGGAUCGCUUUCCGAGUGCACCAGUGCUUGAGAAGCAUCUGAACAGCUUUAUGAACUCUUUCAACAUGCACCUUCCAAUAUUUCACAUACCUACGUUCGAUCUCGCAAGCAACCCAUCGCCCUUGAUCCUUGCCAUGUGCGCAAUCGGUGCCUUGCUCCUUCUGGAUCGACCCAACGCUGGCUUGUUGUACUCUCUGUCACGGAAAGCGUUGAGGUACAAGCACCAGCGAGCCGAACUAGAGCUCCCCAGUGUAUUCUGGGAUUGGUCCAGACCUUGCGAAGAAGAGGUUCCCCCAGCAUGGUCACCACUUUGGGACACCCAGACCGACCUAUUACUUACUUAUUUCGGGGCGUUCUGCGGUGAUCCAGAAGCUGUUGUGAGGACAAUGGAGGAGAUUGGAUCGCUGUCUUGCACAUACCAUUUGAGACAGGCUGAACUAGGUCCUUCCUCUUUGACAGCAAAGCCUACAACGUGGAAUAGCUGGGCGGAACGGGAAUGUACGAAAAGAUUGCUUUGCGGCAUAUUCAUUAUCAGCAGUCUUCUCACCAUAACCUACGGUAUUUGUCCAGGGUUUUCCGUCUUCCAGCAUGGCGACCUGGAAAUGCCCGGUGAGCAAUCGUUAUGGGAUGCUUCGACUGAAGUAGAAUGGCUGGAGCGAAAACGCAACCUGGAACAGGAUGAUGCCCCUGCUGUCACACUGCGCCUUGCCGUGAGGUGGGCAUUGGACGGCCAGUCGCCUGAUUCACUUGAGCACACCCGCUGCUCUAGAUGGUCUCCCUUCAUGGCAACGGUCACAAUGCACGGCGUCAACACUUUGGUGUAUCACGUCGCGGAUUUUACUCAUCCCCAGGAUGUUUCUCCCGACACUCAUCCCCUCCAUGGGACGCCGAAGUCGCACGUUGUGUCCCAUAUGGAAGAUGCUCUUGGGAGGUGCUACGAUAUGAUCGUUAGUGCAAGAAAUGGCUCGAGCUCCGUCUCCGGCGAUGCCAAAAGCCCUCUGCUAUUCAACAGCCUUGCGCUUCUUCGUGUUUGUUACAUUCGAGCGUUCACCAACAUCAACAGUAUGGAUAGGAAUAUUCUGCUGCGCCGGAGUCGCAGCGAAAUGCUCGAAGCCAUACGUCAGUAUGCAGUGAAACCAGUCCCGCGAAGCGCCCUGCUUGCCCGAGUGGUGGCGCACGUGCCUUGGAAGCCUUCGAGGUCCCCAUUAGAGCAGGGGCUUUGUUGCUACAAAAGACCGCUGCGUUGACCUGGAGCAUCGAGCAUGCAAUCGCUGGUUGGGACGUCGGACUCUUCGUGACGAAGUGGUUGUUUGACCUAGAGAUGCUUCUCGGCAAACAAGAGACAAUGGACGAUGUC